UCCCCUGACAGCUCCAUGCCGUUCCGGCAGGAGGCGGGGAUGCCGGUGUCCGGCCCCGCUCUGGUCCCUCCUCCUCUCCAUCCCGCCGCUUUUUCCCCCACGCCCGCAUCCUCCUCCUCCCGUGUCCCGCUGCAGCCCUGCGGAGCUCGGCGCCGCGGCGCCCCGCCGCCGGCCAUGGCCGUGCCCGCCGCGCUGCUCAGCCCGCAUCACCUCCUCUCCUUCUGUUUCCCCGCUGGUGGCCUGCUGGGCUAUGCCGACCUGGAGAAGGGCUACGAUGGAGGAGGAGGAGGAGGAGGAGGAGGAGAAGCGGGGGACUUUAAAGAAGCCACCCGGGACCUGCUGAGUUUCAUCGAUUCCGCUUCCAGCAACAUCAAGCUGGCGCUGGAUAAGCCGGUGAAAUCCAAGCGGAAGGUGAACCAUAGGAAAUACCUGCAGAAACAGAUCAAGCGCUGCACCGGCAUCAUCGCCCCUCCGUCAGCAGCUCCGCCGACCUCCGCCUGCCCCAAACCUCCUCCGCCGCCUCGCCGGGAGGGUUCUCAGGCGGGCAGCAGCCUGCAGAGCCGCAGCCUGGCCGCCCUGUUCGGCUCCCUGCAGCCCGGCCGGGGCUCGACGGGCUCGGACGGCGGAGGGGCGGCUGGGGGCGGCCCGAGGAAGGUACCGCUGCGGGACCGCAACCUGCCGCCCUCCUUCUUCACCGAGCCGGGAGCCAAGGAGACGGAGAAAGGAGGCGGCCCGGAGGCGGCCGAGUUCUUCGAGCUGCUGGGUCCCGAGUACGGCGCGCUGCUGCCCGAGCACGCGGCUCCUCCGCAGGACGCCUUCCCCGCCGCCCGGCCGCCCGCAGAGCUGGGGCUGGAGCACGGGCUGUACGAGGCCGCGCCGCUGCCCGCCGCUCCGCACCCGCUGCUGGGCGGGCUGCUGUACCCGGAGCCGCCUUGGAGCCCGCCCGGGCCCUGCAGCCCCGCUAAGAAGGCGGCGGCCGAUGCGCUGCGCCCGCUGUACCCGGAGCCGGCCGCAGGAGGCGACGCCUUCGGGUCCUUCUUCCCCGAGUGCCCCCUGCCCCCCCCGCAGAUGCAUUACGAGUACGGCGGCGGCUUCCACCGGGCGGCCUACACCGGGCUGUAGGGCGGGGACCGGCCCCGGGCCGCGGGCACCUCCGCGUGGGAUGAAGGAAGGGGGGAAGGAGCGGAGCGGGGCUGCGGCCGGGACCCGCGGGGCGGCGAGGAGAGCUGGGCUCGCCCGCAUCGAGAAGGUGCGGGGAUGGCGGAGCAUCAGAAGCGGCCCCAGCUCCACGCUGGAAGGGAACCGGCAUCGGGGACGGCUCCGUGCUCCUCUUUCAGCCGAGGAGACGCUGCGUUGCUCCGAUCAAACUGAACCGUUCGAUUCCUUCAGGUGUUAUUUUCUAGCGUGCGGUAGAGCUGUGUGUCAAUAGACGGACGGGACGCGAUGGACACAGAAUCACAGAAUCACACAGAAUCACAGAAUGACCCGGGUUGGAAGGGACCUCAAGGAUCAUGUAGUUCCAACCCCCUGCCUGGCAGGGCCACCAAACAUACACCUUUACUAGAUCAGGUUGCCCAGGGCCCUGUCCAACCUGGCCUUGAACACCUCCAAGGACGGGGCAUCCACAACCUCACUGGGAUGGACGGGUCCGAAAGUGACAUCACGACCGCUUGUAAAUGGUUUGGAAGUAAAACUCGAGUCAACCUCUGUGCCAUGCUGAACAUAAUUCCCAGCCGAUAUAGCGGAUUUGCAGCCGAGGGGACACAAAGGGUUAGCGAGAAGGAAGCAAAAGCAAACGGACAUGAAGGCCGCUGCCGCAUGUGGGGUGUGCUGAGAUCUAAUGCAGGAUCGUGCGAGCAGAAUUUAAGUGACAGCUUCGGUUGUGGACAGAAGUGAAGCGCGGCUGUGCCAUCCCCGCAGAUGGCUGGAUGUCAUUCAGGAAUGUGUCAGAGCUCGGGAAGCAAGGGGGCUCGCUCUCAUUGUGUACAGGAGAUUAUUUGAUCAUCGGUUAAGUUAUGUAAAAGAGUCUAUGAUAGGUCCUGUAAAAAAUAAAGCUACGCAGUAGAUCUAAGAGCCGUGCUUCUUAGUGCUGUUCAGAUGCAGCGCUGCAGUGUUUUCCACCGCGUCUCCGGCCUCUGUGAGGGUUUCUUGGCAGCACUUAAGACGGCCGGUGCUUAUUGUCUUUCCUAAACCUUUUGAGACGCUGUAUUUUAUCCACAGCUCCCCGUGCUUGUUUUGCCUUCAUUUGUACCGGCUGUUGCCUUUAACUUGCUUGAAAGAAGGGAAUGCUAAUAUGCUAAAAAGCCCGGGGUUGGAAAUGGUUACAGUUAUGAAAACAGAUCAGAAUGCAUUGAGGUCUCCCAUUGAGAUGUGGGUCUUUAUAGGCAGUCCUGCAGCCUGGCUCCCCGCCAGCCCCGAGCCGUGUUUGUUUUUGAAAGGGGAUUCACAUGGGGAUAAGCCUGAGGUUUCCCCUCGGCGCUGGUGAGUGCUCGUGCCACCUUCUCACUUGUAAAAGUUAAGGGAAAGGUAAAGCUUUAUUUCUUCUCAUUCAUCCAGCUGGAUUUAAGCCUUUGGAGAUGUAGGGUCAGGAUCUGGAAAUACACUGUGAGCCACAAGGGUGGCUGUAGGGUGGUUUUUCUUGGAGAGGUUUCGUCAUUCAGCCGCUGCUUCGAGCAUGUGAACCUGUAGCAUGGGUGGUAGUGUGUGGAGCUCAAUGGUGUUGUGCUAACAGGCCUCAGCGCCCAGCUCUGUCACCUUGUGACCAUCCUUGUCUGUCAGCUGCCUUGCAGACCGGUGGAAUAUUGCUUGAAAAAUAACCAAUAGAGGUCUUCAGGAGCAGCCUUGGGGAUCUGCCAUGUGGAGGCUGCAGACCUGAAUGGUUUGGUUUCCCACAGGCCUCACUCACCCUUAUGUUUUAAGUAGCAAUUGGAUGGAUCUGUAGGUGCCCCUGCUUGUUGCAGGGGAGUUGGGCUGGAUGGCCUUUGGGGGUCUCUCCCAGCUCAAAUGAUUCUAUGACUCUAUGAAAGAGAGAUUUGAUCUGAAGGUGCUUCUUGCUUUUGGAUGCUCUGCUGAUAGUCCGGUGACCUGGGGUGCUCUGAAGGAGAGCAUCAUCCUUCUUGGAUCAGAUCUUGUCUCAAAGCAGUGGGACCUGAGUUUAGGAUUAGCUCCAAUACAUCAUGAUCCUUGAUGAUAAUGAGUCAUAGAAUCAGUGAGGUUGGAAAAGACCACUAAGAUCAUGUAGUCCAACCAUCAGCCCAUCCCUGCCAUGCCCACUGACCACAUCUCCACAUUUCUUGGGCUAUCAGUUCUGCUGUGAGCCUUCUCUCCUCUAGACUGAACAACCCCAGUUCCCUCAGCUGCUCCCCAUAAGACUUCUGCUCCA